AUGUAUACUACAUUCCUGGCCAUUGGCCCCCUGACGCUAUUGGUUCUUCUUAACAUCUGUGUCGUCUUCACAGUCCUCACCAAUAGAACCCCUGAAAGCGGUGAGAUUAUGAGUUUUUAUUGCAAGAAGACAGUAAUUCAUUACUCACGCAUUUUAGACGACUCUGAUACUAUAAGCCUGAUCUUAGUAGUAUUCUUCUUCAUAUUUUGCAACUUUACUGCGUUACUCGUCAACUUCAUGGAGAUAAUUCUUAAUAAUCCCAAUAUUCUGGUCUACUUUGUGGACUUAUCUAAUUUAUUAGUCGUCAUUAACGGGACAGCAAACUUCUUUUGCUAUUUGAUAUUUGGUGCCAGUUUCCGACUAACACUCAAAAAGAUUUUGUGCAGCUUCCGUAAGGAGAAACCAAAGAUGAUUUGGACGAUAAAUGGGGAUGAGAAGAUUCCUUCCGCCAAUCACACUCUUCUCUGA